AUGGAAUCUAAAAGGAAGCAGAUAAAAAUGGUGUUGGUGUCAUGUGAGAGGAGGCUGCAGAAACUCAUUAAUAGGACGACAUUUAAACACUGUAUAAAGUACACGGAGACAUUAACAGGAGUAGCACUGGAGAACAAGGAAAUCAAAUUUGACAAGCCUACAUAUAUUGGAUUUUCGGUUUUGGAUAUAAGCAAAACGCUAAUGUACCACAAUGACGUCAUGAAGAAACAUUAUGGUGAUAAUAUUAAGUUAAUGUACACUGAUACGGAUUCACUGGUAUAUCAGAUUAUGACAGAUGAUUUUUAUUUUGAUGUGAAGAAUAACCCCAUCUUGUUAAACCGCUUGGAUACUGCAGACUUGCCAGUAGACCAUCCAUGUCAUACGACUGUGAGGAAAAAAGUCCCCGGAUUCUUCUCAGAUGAGACAAAGGGGCAUAUAAUGACCGAGUUUUGUGCACUACGUGCAAAAUCAUACGCGUACAACAUUUAUGCAGGAGAAGAUGAUGCGGUGAGAGAUAAAGACGAUAAGUUCAAAGUUGGUGGUGAAAAGAUCAAGGCCAAGGGGGUAAGGCAGCAUGUGGUUAAAAACCACAUGUCGCUUGCUGAUCAUGUCAAGUGUCUGGAAGAUGAUCCAGACUUGAUAAGAUACAGUAUGAAUACAUCUAUGAGAUCAUACAAACAUAAUCUAGUGACACAGAAUAUGAAUAAAUUAACUUACAACAGCUACGAUGACAAACGUGUGGACAAAAUACAUAUACUAGCCCAUGGACACUACAGAAUAGAGUAA